AUGUUUGUAGCAAUUGCAUUCUUUCUUCUUGCAAUAGCAAAGCAGAUCAACGUAGUGAAGAUCCCCUGUGACGCACAGGUCGUAGAGCACCUGGACAUCGACGGAACUCAGAUGGAGCUUGCUGUGGUGAAUCCAUCGAACUUCCAGGAGCUCAUCAUGACCCUGAAGGUGUGUGGGGUUGAGAAGGCCAAGGUUGGUGGCUACAACGACCAUCUUAUGCCAAUGGUUCUCUACCAGAAUGGUGCCGUGGUUCCAUUUGACCCAAACUACCCUUUGAACUACGCAUUGUACAUCAACAAGUGUGAAUGCGACUACAAGGUGAUUUGUGCCUAUUCCACUGAUGGAUUCAAGGAGUGCAAAUACUACGAAGUGUGUUACAACUUUGGUAAGGCGUGUGAUACAACUAUCUGUGUACCAGAAAGUAAGCCAAAUCCAUGUCCACCUGUGCCAAUUUGUCCACCUGUGCCAAUUUGUCCACCUGUACCAAUUUGUCCACCUGUGCCAAUUUGUCCACCUGUACCAAUUUGUCCACCUGUACCAAUAGUUCCUAAUCCGCCUGUAAUAAGAAAGUGUCCUUAUUACAGUAAGAGAAUGAACAUUUGCAAGGAUCUCAAGAAUGGCACCCUGAGAGUUGCCUCAAUCAGUGCGAAGACAUUCGUGUACGAGGAGCGUGGACCGUGUCUGAGUGUCUAUGGCGAAAGCAACCUCGCUUUCGUCGAGAACAUCGACCUGAGAAGGAAGUCAGACGGAAGAAUCCCUCGUAUCCUCUACGACAGGCGAUACUUGGA